CGCGGCAGCCGGGCCCCCUCCCCUCCCCUCCCCUCCCCUCCCCUCCCCACUCGGGCUCCCGCCCGCCCACAGCCCGGAACUUUGGGCGUGCGGAACUUCGGUGGCGGAGCGCGGGCGCUGAGGACCCGGAGGGACAUGGAGAGAGCGCGCGGGACGGGGGCCGAGGCCCUGGCGCCGGUGGAGGACGAGGAGGAGGAGGAGGCGGCGGAGCCCAUGGCCGCUGUGCUGUCCGCGGCGGGUACCGCAGGCCCCGCGGUCCUGCAGGUGGCCGGCCUCUACCGGGGUCUGUGCGCGGUGCGCAGCCGCCCGCUGGGACUCGGGUUUGUGUCGCCCGCGCAGCUGCGCGUGUUCCCCGUGCGCCGCGAGGCCCGCGGGCCCUCCGGGAGCGCGGACGGCAGAGGGGAGGGGUCCGAGCUGGAGGCCAACCCCUUCUACGACCGCUACCGGGACAAGAUCCAGCAGCUGCGCAGGUCUGAUCCAGCUGCUUUUGAGUCCCGCCUGGAGAAGCGCAUCGAGUUUCAGAAGCAGCCUGUGGGCCACUCCAGGCAAGGUGAUUUUAUCAAGUCUGUGGAGCAGAAGACACAUGCCUUGGGGAAACAGUCUUUGAGCAAAGGAUUCACUAAGGACAAGACUCUCAAUUCAAUCUUUAACAUUGAGAUGGUGAAAGACAAAACUGGAGAAGAAAUCAAACAGAUUUGGCAGCAGUAUUUUGCAGCAAAAGAUACGGUUUAUGCAGUUAUUCCUAAAGAGAAGUUUGAUUUGAUUUGGACCCGCGCUCAGUCUUGUCCAACAUUUCUGUGUGCACUACCAAGAAGGGAAGGUUAUGAGUUCUUUGUAGGACAAUGGACAGGUACCGAACUCCACUUCACUGCACUUAUAAAUAUUCAGACCCGAGGGGAAGCUGCAGCUAGCCAGCUGAUUUUAUAUCACUACCCUGAACUUAAGGAAGAAAAGGGCAUAGUGCUGAUGACAGCUGAAAUGGAUUCCACAUUUCUGAAUGUUGCUGAGGCACAGUGCAUCGCCAACCAAGUUCAGCUCUUCUAUGCCACCGAUAGGAAAGAGACCUAUGGUUUGGUGGAGACCUUUAACUUCAAGCCAAAUGAAUUCAAAUAUAUGUCUGUCAUUGCUGAAUUGGAACAAAGUGGACUUGGAGCAGGGCUGAAAUGUGCCCAGAACCAGGAUAAGACUUAGAGGUGGAAGUGUUAGCCUUUCACAGAGUCGGCUCAGCUCUGGAUAGUCUAGAGCCUACCUCCCCCUCCAGCUGCAGAGUUGAGCAUCUAUAACAAACAGUCUGUAAUGAAUGGUCCUAUGUGCUUAUUACAAGACAUGAUGAUGGAGAUGAGCCCUAAGACUCAGGAACAAAGGUACCCGAAUAGUCUGAUAAUUUCCUUUCAGUAUACUUGAGGUUUCCUUUUAAGUGUUUCUGGUCAUUAAAGUAAAAAAUAGCCAGGAAUCUGCACCAUAGUUGGCUUGAUUUACAGUGUGGCUGUGUACUUGCAUUCUGAUAACUAUUUUGACCUCAGAACUUCUACUUCUGCAUUUUUAUGAAUUUAUGACAGAAUAGUAAGCUUGAAGACAGUGGUACGAUUGAGCAAUAUGUACUGUUCCCGUGCACCAGUGAGCUUGCCAAAAGCCUAAUCCAGAUACCCUGUUUAGACUCUGAAACCAACCAGAGAUUCCCAUGAGGAUAGAAGCUUUAUCUUGAUACCUCCCCUUCCCACCCCCAGUAGUUAACCCUUAGUGUAGCUGGUUUGAGGCGUCAAUAAAUUUCAGGUAAAAUUAGAUAAACAGUGCCUGAAUAUUGUUAAACCAUAGAUUGCACCUGCUUCUCUACCUCUGCCUGUUAGAAGCAGAUGAAUCAGUGUAGUGCAAAUAAAAGAUUUUUGCAAGAAGUUCAUUCCAGAUU